GAAGGUGAUUGAAUGGCCUCACCAUCGUCUUUUUCGUCGUAAUUGAAUUCAACCUGUGGGCUUCUCGCUUCUCUGGAUUUGAACCAGAAACUCGCCGAGAUCAUGAAGGAGAUGGAGACUGAAUGGAUCAUGGAUGUUCCUGAUACACCUGAUCGGUUAGCUGCCCGACAAAUUAAUGGCAGACAGUUUAUUCAGACAGAGGGUGGUUCAUCCUUAUCUAAUUGUUUGAGAAAGCCUGAUUUCAUGAUGGAAAAGGGGAUGAAUGGCAUGAAGGGAGCAGGGGUGCUUGUCAGUGAAAAUGGGCAUGAUUUGAGAUUAGAUAGUAGUUCCAAAAAUAUUCCUGGUGACGAUUUUAAGGAUCGCAGUAACACCAUUAUUCUUUCAGCGGGAGAGAAUUCUUAUGCAUCACAAAAUCAUAUUUUACUUAGAAAAGGUGGAAGGGAAAAAUAUUCAUGUCAGGGGCCGAAACCUUUUAAUUCCCCUCGUCGCAUGGAUAAAGGGAUAACGAUAUCUGUCAACACUCAUUCCAAACCUCCUGCUCGUCAAGAAAAUACUGUCAUUCCAAAAACAAGAGAACCUGAUCAUAAGUACAGACCUCAGAUGGUUUGUCCUCAUUUUACAGCUAAGGACUGUAAGAUGGAGAACACAUCGAAUGGACAGUCCACACGUUAUAUGCCAAAUGCUCCAAAGAGAUCCAGCACAAUCAUUAAAGGGAAGGAAAAGGCUGUUGAGGAAUCAAAUAACACUCAUAAUCGUCAUGAGAAGCAAGUUUUGGAUUCUCACCGGUUUGUUAACUCCCCUAGAGCCACUGGACAUAAAAGGCUGGUCAGAAAUGGUUGUAUCUCACCUCAUAAUAUAUCAACAAAGACAAAAAAUUUAUCCGAGCAGUGUGAAAAGAGUUCUAGAGGUGUAGACCAGAGCAAUUUAGGGAGCAUGCCAUCAAGCAGUCCAUCUUGUCUGAUUGAUAUAAAGGAUAUAGUUGCGGAAGACAAUCGUAUUAACAAAGAUAAAGGAAAAAGGAUUAUGCGUCAAACUUCUACAUCACAUGAUGAUGAUGAUAUCAAAGUAAUUUGUGCAUCUAGCAGUGACGCGGAAAAGGCCGUUGGAGCUAAUCCAGUCAGAACUUCCAGGUUAGAUACAUCUGAAUGUUCUGAAGAAUUAGGUGGUUGGAGAAGAACACAUAAUAAUUCAAGGAAGGGGAUUUUCUUGUCUAAUCCAUCUGGGAAUUCUUUUAAGAAAAUAAAUAACAUUGGAAAACUUUCUAAUGGAGAAACUGAAAUUGGUAUGGAGAGAAAAAUCCCUUACAAGAAAGACCAAGGAGCGGAAAUUGGUUGUGCUAGAAAUGCUGAUACAGCUCAAAGGGCUUCUGGCAUUGUAACCAAGAUAGACCAGACCGUUGGACCAAUGCAUGCUGAAAGCAAACUCAACAAAAGACGGAAGAAACUUGGAUCAACCUCACAAACUAAUACUUCAUCACACGUUCCAGACGUUGUGUACCUCGAUACACCUGGGGAGUCUUCAAAUGCAAGAUCAAAUAGACUCCAGAAUCAAAGAAUUUGUGAUAACUUGAAUGAUGUUAUUGAGGUUGAUGAGUUGUCACCUGAAAUUAGACACCCUGCCUCCCAGACUGUUGGUUGCCCAAAUGAUGACAGCUUAGAUGCUAAGGCAAGACAACUUGAAGCUGAUGAGAUGUUGGCUCGUGACCUUCAGGAACAACUAUACCAGGAGAUGCCUGUUGGAGAAGAGAUUGAUGAACAUUUAGCUAUGGCACUGCAGCAGGUGGAGAAUGGGCAUUUUGCACCUCCUUCCCGGCGGACAUACAAUAGUCAAAGGGGCUCGAUGGUAGCACAGGCAAAUAGACGCACUCGAUCUCAAUCUGUACAAAGUUCCUCUAAUAGAACACGGACUCGAGUAACCCACUCUGCACGAAUGGCACAAAUGAGAAAUCAAUUUUUUGGUGGCUCUCAUAGAGUGUCAACUAGACAAAGGAAUGUUAAUUUUCCUAUGCAUAUGGAUUUGGAUAUGAGACUUGAUAUAUUGGAAGCGCUCGAGGCCGCAGUUGGAGAUGUGGAAGAUGUGAGAAUGAAUAGGAGGGGCAUCUUGCACAUCCAGCGCGAUUUUAACGAGAAUGAUUACGAAAUGUUGCUAUCCCUCGACGAGAACAAUCACCGCCAUGCUGGUGCAUCGACGAACCGUAUUAAUAGUUUGCCUCAAUCUACGGUUCAGACCGACAGCAUGGAAGAAGCUUGUGCAAUUUGUCUCGAUACACCGACCGUUGGAGAUGUCAUUCGCCAUCUACCUUGCUUACACAAAUUUCAUAAAGAUUGUAUCGAUCCAUGGCUACAGAGGCGAACGUCGUGCCCAGUUUGUAAGUUGUCAAUCGCUUGAUAUUAAGGGCGACUUUGGGGUAUUACAAGUCUGCACGCUCUCUUACUCUCUUUUGGAGCCAAGCUUAUUAGAAUGCUUGAUCUCGGGCAGUCGGAAGCGUUAGACUUCAAAGGUGCAAUUCUCCAUUGGGGAACAGAGCAAAGUUUCCAGCUCGAACGAGUGGGUAUGGUUUUGAAUGAAUCAUCAAUGGGAGAAGAUUCAUAAUUUGUAUCUAUGGCAGCCUAUUUAUAAUUUGUAUGCUAAACCAUUGCCAUAGAGCAAGAAAAGCUUAAUAUAUU